AAGAAGAAACAAGCAGAAGAAGAAGAAGACCGUCAGUAAAAGAGAAACAAAAGGCUGUUUUUAAAGAAAUGUUUGAUUGUAGUCCUGUUUUUUCUCGAUAAAGCACUUUAAAUGUCUAGUAAACAGUGUACCUCUGUUCCGGGAGGGUUUCAGUCCCAAUAAGUCUUCCAAAUGUCCCAAACACUGACCACCAUGAGCACCAGUGCAGUGUCUGGGGACCAACAGCAUUGGUUGGGUUCUACAGAGACACUGCAGUGUCCUCGGGGACCGUAUAUCUCAGUCAUCACCAACAGGAACACUAACCUUUUGAUUCGAGUUGGGAUGUUGUUUUCUGUGGGCGUCUUCCUGGCUCUUGUGUUGAACUUACUGCAGGUGCAGAGAAACGUCACCCUUUUCCCUCCAGAUGUCAUCAGCAGUAUCUUCUCCUCUGCCUGGUGGGUGCCACCCUGCUGUGGCACAGCCUCAGCAAUGAUUGGGUUGUUGUACCCCUGCAUCGACAGUCGGCUCGGCGAACCACACAAAUUCAAGCGGGAAUGGUCGAGUGUGAUGCGCUGUGUGGCUGUGUUUGUUGGUAUCAACCAUGCCAGUGCUAAGGUGGACUUUGCUAACAAUGUGCAGCUGUCUCUGACUUUAGCAGCACUCUCCAUUGGUUUAUGGUGGACAUUUGAUCGCUCCCGCAGUGGCUUUGGCCUAGGAGUUAGUAUCGCUUUGCUGGCAACUCUGGCGACCCAGCUCRUGGUUUACAAUGGAGUCUUUCAGUAUACGUCUCCAGAUUUUCUCUACAUUCGGUCUUGGCUCCCAUGCAUCUUCUUUGCUGGGGUUAUCACCAUUGGAAACAUUGGGCGACAGCUAGCCUUGUAUGAAUACAAAAUCCUGCAAGAGAAGAGCCAUCAGGACUGAGGGAUGUCUGGGACUCCAUCAGGCCUCUGUUCAAACAUGUGGUUCAGCUGUUCAGACAGCAUCAGUCUGUCAGCUCAGGUCUAAUAGGCUGUAAACAUCUUAUUGGCUCCCUUUAGCUAAUGGGGGACAGUAUUUCUAAUCAGUUCWUGAAAUGCCUUUUUUCACAGACCUGACUUGAAGUUGACGAGGACAGCUGAGUUUGUUGUGUAAUCCUUCUUUUUCAGUGAGGUUUAUUUCUGUUUACCCAGAACAGGAUUAGUUGGGAUGCUAAUCAGGUCAGAGCCUUUGGCACCUUUGUGCCAAACAGUUUCCUGGAGUCAGUUCGUCUAUCAAUUUGCUUCACAACCUACUGAACUUAGGACUUUAAAAAACACUUAAAUAUGUGGAUUAGAUUUGUUUMUAUGUCAUCAGCUCCUGUCUCUGUGAAGGGGUUUUGAUAGACUGCUGAUAGGUUGUUUAAGGAUGRUGGAUUUAAAGUGAUCUACAGCCACCAACAUGUCCAGAGGUCCUACAAAGGAAACCUAAACUUUAUGGAUUUGACAGGAAAUAAAAGUAAUUUCUAUCAGACCACUGGCUUGUGUUUUGAACAUAGUUGAGAGCCUUUUAAGCUGUUUGUUUAAAAUGAGACAAAAACACAACUCCAGCUCCAGUUAGAGUAAAAGUCAUUCAGAAUGGUGGGAGAAAAUCAUCCUGAAAAUAAAUCAAAUGUCUGAACUAAGUGAACAUGGAAAGCUUGGAGUUUGGAGAAAAAAUAUCUUCAGGUCAGAUUAAAUUCUGGCUGUAUUUGAAAUGUUCACUUGCUCAGUAACUACAUGGUGGUCAGGUCACUAUACAGUAAAUACGGGACAGCUUGGAGUUUUUACAUUUUGAACACUACUUGAAUGCAGUAUACUUCAUUAUGGUCGAGUAUUAACAAUCAACUUUUUCUCUGUCUUUUUUUACAAGACCACAAACUGCAAGCUGUAACUAACGAUUGAAAUGCAGCUUUCUUUAUGCCGUGAUUUACAAUUUUUCAAACAUAUUUCAUAUUUAGACUUACAGAUACAAAUUUGUCUGUCUUUCCAGUAAAGAAACACAAAAUCACAAAAGCCCCUGAAAUAACUGACAAAAAGAAAAAUGACUACAAAUCAACUGAUAAAGAUCAGUCAUUUAUUUUGAAUGUUGGUUCAACUGAAUUAUUAAAAAAUAAAUAAAAUAAUCAAACUGCUCUUAAUAAAUAGGAUGGUAUCCUAUAACUUAAUAUUUUGUUGUACAAUAUUUUGACCCUUUUUGUAACUUUUGUCACUUUCAAGGACCUUUGUAGCAUUUUACUUCUUUGAUAAAGGGGUCCAAACAAAUUUGUCUACAUGUGUAAAUGUCAAAUAGGAUCAGCURAUGUUCUUUGUAAUAAUUUCCUUGCAGGAGAUAAAGGAGAUGAUCUGCUUUUUAUUGUAGAUGUUUGUGUAAUUAAAGGCAUUUUCAACCAUUCUGAAAUUAGGCUGCUGUCUUGGCUCAGGCCACAAUGCAUUGUGGUCUAAUUUUACCAAUUUAAUGAAAAACAUUUGUAUGCGCCUUUCAUGAACUACUCAACUAGUUUCCAGGACACCUGUAAAACAUUACAGGUGAAAUUUAGAACAUUCUAACAAAAUGGCAGAUUCAGAAUUAAGUAAACUACAGUAUGUAAUGAAUGGGUGGAUAUUUUGAACACAGCCUUUUUUUUUUUUACUGAUGGGCAGCUGCUGAGGAUCUCAUCAGUUUUAUGUAUCAUCAUCAGCCAGGACUAACAGAGCAUCUGAUACAAUCAUCUGCUCUGAUUCUGAAGCAGGUGUUUGGCACUUGGUGGRUUUUGUUCACUGUGAAGGAGUGUUAAUACUGUGAACGUGUGUCUGUGUGAGAACUGUGACACGACCAUGUAUGAGAUUUUUUGUAAUAUGUGGUGAAAUGGGUUUGGAAAAAUAGGUUAGUUACAGUUUAAAAUAAAUCAAACAGUAUUUUCUCUUCGUUAGGAAAGCUCCUUGAUAAACGUUUGGGAAGAAAUGUUUUCUUGUAGUCACUAAAAUUAUUGUCACAAAAGUAUGAAUUGUAUGGAAAAAAAAUUCUAUUAAAAUAAAAAACAGCAUGAUAAUUUGA